CGUAAACAUCGAGUCAAGUCUCUAAGGCGAGUCAUGCGGAGAGGUAAGGUUGCUAACGGUUUGGGUGGGAUUCACACAACAACAAAGUCAAAAGCCGAAGAGAAAUUUCGUAGAAGAGAGAACGAGCACUUGCUAAUCAUGGACGAAGCAGGUAGGAUGAGGAGGCAUGAUGAAACCAUGACACUCAUAAAGAAUUACCUUGAGCAACACGGAAUGUCCAGCACGGUUCAAGCUCUGGAUAUUGAGAGGGGAAAGCUACCCAAUCUUGCAACUUUUACAUCCUUGCUACUUGGUGGUAACUUUGAAGACGCUGUGGCUUAUUUUGGCCAAUUUCAGAAGGAAGGUUCUCUAGCCUCCUGCCACAUCUUAUAUUUCAUCUGGCGGCAAUUGUUUUGGGAGCUUCUUUCUAUGAAUAACAGAAUCCAAGCCAAAACAGUUUUGUUCAUCCACAUGUUUCCCAGUUCACGAGUGGAUCUUUCUUUGAUACAUGAUUAUGACAAACUGAAGAUUUCAUACGAGAACAACACAAUACCUACUGUUGAUGUAGAGAGUGAAAGGGCAAAAGUGGUUAAAUAUGUGGAGAACCAAAUCCAACGCGAUGUAGCUCUCAGGUCCAUGUUCUAUCCAACAAUCAUGGAGGGACAAAAUAGACUACAAACCCUCUUAGAACAGAGCGUGAACUGGCAGCAUAGAGAUUGCGUUCAUAGCACCGGAUUUACGUCGUUGCUGAAUGAUCACCACUGCCAGCCCCCUCCAGCCAACAACAAUACGGAUCUGAACGCAUCAUCAUCAAGAGGCGGAUUUGAUGACGGGAUGAUACAUGAGUUUGGCCAGCCCACCCAACACUCACCGUCAUUCGAAUUUACUUUUGAUUCUGAUGAUGCAAACAUAAAUGAACUCUUUGAUGGCUUAGUAGUACCUUCUCCUUUCCCUAAGGAAGUGAUGAAAGUGCUUAACCUAAGUCAUGUCACCGGUAUGGAGUUUCAUCCUCAAUUACCUCUAAUCCUUGGUGAAAUUAAACUGUUUAAGCUCAAUGCAUCAAAUUACCCUAAUGGAAAGGAGUUUAAGAUCUGGAAAUUCAAAGCAUUAUCACAGGAGUUAAAGGACGAUUUUGUUAAGAAAGAGCGUAAAACUGCAGGAGCUCUAUGUGUGGCUUGGGGAUCUCACGGAAACAACACAAAUUAUGCUGUGGGUUUCUGUGAAGGUUUAGUUCAAACUUACAACUAUACUCAUGAUAAUCCGACUAAGCAACACCUUGAGAUUGAGGCACAUAGUGGGCCUGUCAAUGAUAUCGUGUUCUAUAGUUCUCAAGGAGAGCUAAAGAUAGUAACCUGUGGAGAUGACAAACACAUUAAGGCUUGGAAUUCAUCAGAUGGGUUAGUGUAUUGGAAAUUGACUCAUACAGCUCCAUUGAAUUCUCUUGCUUUGCACCAAGAUGGAAACAAAGUGCAACUCUUUAUCUCGGAUGUGUUUGGAAGUGCUAUAAAACCAAACAUAGGAUAUGAAGGACAACUUGAUUGUUAUCCACUUCUUUUCCCUAGUGAUAUGAAUGCUAGGCUUGAGCUCAAGUUUAGCGGCGAUGGAAAGAGAUUGUUCUAUUGUGGUCCGGGUCGCUUGGUUGAGGUUGAUAGAGUAUCUUUCGAGACUAGGAGAAGCUACAACAGCGUUAUGAAUCCUCAAACAAAACGCAUGGAUAUUUGCAAGAAUGGGUAUAUAGCCGUUGGCGAUGAGCAUUCUGUCAAAGUUUGGCAGCUCGACAAUGGCGAGGACUAUUUCACUAGGAUCUGUAUAAACAAUGAUCGAAACUUUCCAGAGUGUCCCAUGAUUAAGUUUAACAGGGAAGGCACUUUGUUAGCCGUGGUGAGCCUAAGUCACCUGAGGAUUCUAGCAAACAAUGAUGGAAAGAGUCUCCUCUCAGACGUUGAUGGAGGGCUCCCACAUAGUGGAAGGAAAUUGAAUUUGCCAUCUUUCGGAGGAGGAGGAUACGGAACUGGCCGUUGUAAAGCAAAAGAUCAAGAGCUUUCGAAUGCUGAAGCUUCUCAGAUAAAGAACGGACCGGCCACCGAGCUUGAUGCAGCUGCAACUACCUUACAUAAGGUGUACAAGAGUUACCGGACUAGGAACGAGCCUAGCAGAUUGUGCAGUCGUUGUGGAAAGACUCUGAAUUUGAGCUCUGUGUCUUUCUUUGAAGUAGAGAAACAUGAGACCGCUGAUCCGAGAUGUGGGCACGAGCUGCUAAGGCUGGAUAUAGGGGACGGCAAAGAUAUGGAGAGAGAAGCAUAUGAAGUGAUAGUGGAAGAUGGGAGACUAAUGAAUAAACAGAGCAUGACUCUGAUCAAUUCAACAGAGGAAGCCAAGUCGAUUUUUGUACUUAGCACGACUAGAACCUUAUACGUAGGGAUUAAAAAGAAAGGCGUUUUCCAGCACUCAAGUUUCUUAUCUGGAGCCGCCACUACAGCUGCAGGAAGAUUGGUCGCCAGCGAAGGGAUCCUUGAGGCUAUAUGGCCAUAUAGUGGACACUAUCUCCCAACAGAAGACAACUUCAAGGAGUUCAUAAGUUUCUUAGAGGAGCACAAUGUUGACCUCACCAAUGUUAAGAGAUGUUCUGUGAGUGAGGAAUAUUCGUAAUUCAAAUCGACUGCAAAUGAAGAAGAAGAAAGAAAGGAAGUCUCAGAAGAAGUUGAGAUACCUUCAGAGCAAGAAGAGAGAGCGAGACUAGUGUUUGAUCCUGUAAAGAGAUGUAAAUGGACAAGUGGAUAUGGUCCAAGAAUUGGUUGUGU